AGAUACAUAGAUUAGGCUAACUAACCGUUUGCUAAAAACGAUGUCGUCGUGCUGUUCUUGUUGUUCCUCGGUUCUCCUUGUGAAUCCUCCGCCGAGAGGUUCGCGCCACGUCACGCGUCCCAGGCUGAGGAUGUCGCUGAACAACGAUUCAAGGUUCAACUCUUCUUCUAUGCUGAAUGCGGUGACCAAAUUGCUAUGGGGGCAGUCUCUUCCGCCGGGGCUUCUCGUUACCACCGUGCGCGCCACCUGGAACUCCACGUGGCGGCUCAUGAUGUCUCAGCUCGCUCCCUCCGACUCCUCCGGUGGGUAUACCAGGCCGCCUUCCAAGUUCCGAUUCUCGGGAAACCCUUCACCGGGGAGUCUGCAUCUUUACGUGGGCCUGGCGUGUCCAUGGGCCCACCGCACGCUCAUUGUGCGCGCGUUGAAGGGCCUGGAGGAGGCCGUGCCCGUCUCGGUUGCGUCGCCGGGCCUGGAUGGGUCGUGGGAGUUUAAGCGCGUCGAUGCGGAUGGGAUUGGGAUUGGGAUUGGGAUUGGGCCGGGCUUGGAUAAGGCGAAUGGGUGUCGGACGUUGAAGGAGGUUUAUGGGCUUCGGAGAGGUGGGUAUGAUGGGAGGUCCACGGUGCCCAUGUUGUGGGAUAAGGUUUCGAAGGAUGUUGUGUGCAAUGAAAGCUACGACAUAAUUCACUUGUUCAAUUCCUCGUUAAACAGCGUGGCUGGAAACCCUGAUUUGGAUCUCUCACCCCCUGAGUUGAAGGAAAAGAUUGAGGAAUGGUAUCGAGUCAUAUAUCCGAAUGUCAACAACGGGGUGUAUAGGUGUGGAUUUGCGCAGAGUCAAGAAGCGUAUGAUAGAGCGGUGAAUGACUUGUUCUGCACGCUUGACAAGUUGGAGGAUCACUUGGCGAGUUCCCGGUACUUGUGUGGAGACACAUUGACCCUUGUGGAUGUUUGCUUGUUUACUACUCUGAUUAGGUUUGAUCUAGCUUAUAACGUUCUUUUUAAAUGCACCAAGAAGAAGCUCUAUGAGUAUCCCAAUCUGCAUGCCUACAUGCGUGACAUUUAUCAGAUACCGAAGGUGGCGGGUACUUGCAAUUUUACAGAAAUUAUGGAUGGGUACUACAAACUCCUUUUUCCUCUGAAUCCAGGGGGCAUUAGACCCGUAAUGCCUUGUACUUCUCAGAACGAAAUCCUUUGCAGGCCUCAUGGAAGGGAAUCCCUGUCAUCAGCUACACCGAUCGAAGCUAAAGUAUAAUCAGUCAUCUGUUUCUAUCAGUUAAAUAAAGUUUUAUACGCGUUUCUUUCGAUUAAUGGAAGUGUAUAUAUUGCGUACUUUUACCUGAAUGUAAUCAUGUAUAUUCUUGUGUA